AUGGCAACAUCAUAUAAAGACAUCACAGGACCGGUUACUGUUCUCUCAACAUUCACUUUAAAGCAUGAAUUCGCCGAUCGAGUGGCACAGUACAUGGCAGACGACAUAGCAAAUCAGACGCGCCUGGCAAGAGAAGGAAAGCUUCCAGGGCUGAUUUCCAUUGAAGGAGUACGAUUCGGGGAUUCAUUUGCUUCGUGGGAACGAUACACAGAUGCUGGAGCAGUUGAGAGAGUCAUACCAGUGCGAUACAAAAUCUUCAAAGAUUUGCCACUCGCUGAAGCAUUCUCCGAGCCUCCAAACAUUCAGUUCUUUGGGACAAACUCUCUUCCACCACCACAAAGCUAA